AUGGCCGACAGCAUACCGACAAGUACGGCAACAGGGCCGAGCAUGACGGCAUUGGCAACUGAGAUAGCGACGCUGGGAGUGCCAGACAGCACGGAGGAGCCGCUGCCGGAGGAGGAGGAGAAGGUGUCAGCGCAGGCGCUGCUGAUCCUGGUAUCGCUUCUGAUCAUGGCACUGCUGACGUCGUACUACCUGCAGCGGUGGCGGAUCCGCACGGUGCAUGAAACGGUGCUGUCGAUAUUUGCCGGGAUGGCAGUGGGGCUGGUUUUGCGAUUCAGCACAGGGCAUUAUAUCAAGCGGAUGGUGACGUUCGACCACACGGUGUUUUUCAACAUGCUCCUGCCGCCGAUUAUCCUGAACUGCGGGUACGGCCUGCAGAAGACGCAGGUGGGGCGGAAUCUGGUGCCGGUGCUGACGUUUGCGUUUCUGGGGACGGCAAUCAGCGCGGUGGUGAUUGGGGUGCUGGUACAGAUAUACUCGUGGACGGGCAUCGAGCGGAUAGAGUUUUCGCUUCUGGACUCGCUGAUUCUGGGCACGAUUCUGUCGGCGACCGACCCGGUGACGAUCCUGGCGGUGUUUGAGCAGCUCAAGGUGGAGCCGAAGCUGUUCUCGAUCAUAUUCGGCGAGACGGUGUUCAAUGAUGCGGUGGCGAUUGUGCUCUUUGUGACAUUGAGCGGUCUGCGGGCGGCGGGCCGGGAGUUUACGCUGGCGGCAGUGCCCGGGAUGCUGGGGUCGUUUAUGUUUGUGUUCUCGAUGUCGCUGCUGGUGGGGGUGGGGAUGGGGGUGAUGGUGUCGCUGAUGUGCAAGCACACGCGGCUGUACGAGUACCCGUCGAUCGAGGCGUCGCUGGUGCUGCUGAUCUCGUACCAGUCGUAUCUGUUUGCGAAUGCAAUCGAGUUGUCUGGGAUCGUGUCGUUGCUGUUCUGCGCGGCGACGACGCGGCAGUACGCGUACAAGUCGCUGUCGAAGAAGAGCAAGCGGGCGACCCGGUAUCUGUUCCAUCUGCUGUCGGGGCUGGCGGAGAACUUUGUGUUCAUUUAUUUGGGCAUCUCGCUGUUUACUGCGGAGGACGUGAAACUGAAGCCGGUGUUUAUCGUGUUUGUGAUGGUGGCGACGUGCAUUUCGCGGUACUCUGCGAUCUUCCCGCUGGCGCGGGUGCUGAAUGCGGUGUUCAAGUACCGGCAUCCGUCGGCGCCGUCGUCGGCGCAGCCGGUGACGCACGAGGAGCAGACGAUGCUGUUCUGGGCGGGGCUGCGCGGGGCCGUGGCGGUGGCAUUGGCCAGCGAGGUGUCGGGCGAGAACGGCGCGCUAUUGCGCACUACGGUUCUGUGCGUGGUGGUGCUGAGCGUGACGAUUUUCGGCGGCACUACCCCGCAGGUUGUGCAGAAACUGGGGAUCCGCACUGGCGUGGGGCAGCCGGACUCGUCGGAUGAUGACGAUGGCGAGGAUGGGCCUGAUGGCGAGGCGCCAAGACUGAGCAGCGUGCUCUGGGCAUCCAGUAAUAUGCCCGUCCGUGCCCCUGCCGGCGACGACGCUUGCCGCGCACUGCCCGCGCUCUCCACCGACGGCUCCUUCUCGGCCCUUCCACCGCUGCCCGCACCUACAAACACAGCUCCCUUUUAG